AUGUCUCGACAGAAAAUCGGGGAGGAGGUGACUCGGCGAUCUUCAAUUGCCUUGCACCCUACAGACCACACCAUUGCUGGCCACGGCUCUAGCGCGCAAAGGUUGUGUCGUCGAUGUGAGAACAUAGACACUGCAAUCAUCCAGUCUCUCCAACCCGAGGACGAGCCUUACACGGUAACACAUCACGUCAACUUCGACGCUUUGGAGCAGUCCGCCGCAGCUGGCUGUAGUCUUUGCCGGCUCUUCCACCAGGAGACCGAUGAGUAUCGUGGCACGAAACUCAAAUACUUCAACCGCGGGCAACUGAGUAUCGUGUUCCAGGCUAUUGAAGCGGAUGGAAACACCAAAGUACGCGUCGAGUACCGCGAUGCUGUUGUAGAUCGGCAUCCGUAUCAUCUGGUCUCGACCGCUGACAAUCUCAAUCGCCUCUUAAGUGAAUACCCAGACCUGAAGUUGUGUGCAAGAUGGCUUCAUAGGUGCUCUGGACAAGACCAAGAGACACGGGCCGGCCACCGCAACUGUCCAACCCUCGUAGAGGUCAAGCUGCCCACGCGAGUCUUGAAGGUAGGAUCACAUUCAGGCGAUCCUAUCACCCUUGUCGAGACGGACGGCACAAGAGGUGUCUAUGCUUGCCUCAGCCAUUGCUGGGGCACCUCCCCCGUCUCAGCGAGCACACUACGUUCGAAUCUUCAUCACCAUCUGCAAGGCUUCCCUCUUGAGUAUCUGCCACGUACAUUCAGGGACGCCGUGACGGUAUGCCGUUACCUACACCUGCCAUACCUGUGGAUCGAUUCGCUGUGUAUCGUCCAGGAUGAUCCCCAAGACUGGGAUGGAGAAUGCGUGCAGAUGUGCUCUAUCUACCAAAACGCUGCUCUCACAAUUGCUGCCAGCUCGUCUGAGAAUGCGGAAGGGGGCAUCUUACGUCUUCGAAAGCAACCUACAUCCUCUCCCUGCCUUAUACCAUCCAAGACCUCUGGCGGUCCUGCAUAUGUGAUCAGCCCCUGGCCUCGCUCGGCUGCUGGAAGUUGGCUGUCAAGUCUCGAACUUCCACCUGCCGCACUACUGGAGAGGGCAUGGGUGGUCCAAGAAUGCCUACUCUCACCACGCAUUUUAUUCUUCCACGAAGAUGAGCUCUACUUUGACUGUUUCGCAGGUCGUUUCCGCGAAGCCUACCCGGACAUAGCUCAUCGGCAUCACCCACAAGACUCGUUUGAUAGAGCGCAAUACAACAAGAUGACCCUGAACCCCUCGAAUCUCGCUCAUCCUGAACAACAUCUCGUGGAUAUCUGGUUCUCGAUCGUCCACGAAUACUCGCUGACCCAGCUCUCCUACCAGGGCGAUGUCCUUCCCGCUCUCUCAGGCCUGGCGAAGGCCUUGGCUCAACGCAGCAAGCAAAUCGAAGCCCCUUUGGGAGACUACGCGGCAGGUCUUUGGACAGAGAAGGACGUCUUUAAUAAGUGUCUGCUCUGGUACGCGACCGGCAAGCGCAAACAAUACAGAUUCCCCUGCGAAGAGAGUCUACCAUCGUGGUCCUGGGCCAGCUCCCAUCCAUCCCUUAUUCGGCGUGGACAUUGA